AGGCGUGGAACGCCGAAACGCUGGCCGCUUAGCCGGCUUUGCAGCGUUUGCGCAGGCGCAAGGUCGGCGGCUCGCCCGAAGUGGCAGGGUGGGGGCGGCGGCGAGCGCGCGAGCGAGACCCCUGCGCGAGGCGCCCCCAGACCCCUGCCCCACCUCCGCGCGCCCUGCGGCCUCCCGCCAGCUGCCCCGCCCCCGGCGUGCGCCGAGCCGCGCCCUUCGCCCUCUCCCCUGCCUGGGCUGGCUGCGCUAGGCGGCCUGAGGGGCGGCGUCUUUUGCGGCCUCCCCGGCAGGGGGAUGUGAGGGGCGGCCCGCGGCCAUGGAGACGGGCCCGGCGCCCCUGGUCGCCCCGCCGCGCCGUCAUGGCGCCUCCGCGGCCCCCUCGCCGCCGCCUCGGGGCCCCAGGGCCGGGUCCACCCUGGUGGUGGUUUCCGCACCGCCAGUGACUACCGCCACUUCGGCACCGGUCAAUCUGGUGCCUCCCGGGGAGGCGCAGCACGCCUGGGUCUUGGGGCCGGGCCAGACCUCGGCCUCGACCCCAGCCGUGACCCCGGCCGCCACGGUCAGCACUGUGGAUGCUCUGACUCUGGAGGACUCACCCGAAACCCCGAAGACGCAAGUCUCCCCCGGCCAAGAGCCCUCCGUGCCCGCUUCAGUGACAGAAGCCGAGACGUCGAUGGCUCUGACCUCAGGGGCAGACUCUCCGAAGACGGAGGAGGCUCAAGCCUCACCUGCCCCAGGACCAGGGACCCCCACCGGGACCCCCACCAGGACCCCUUCCAGAACAGCUCCUGGCGCCCUGACCGCCAAACCCCCGCUUGCUCCCAAGCCGGGAACCACAGUGGUCUCAGGAGUAAUUGCACGGAGUGCAGCAGGACAGGUGACAAGUAGAUAUGGAGCUGCAACACCAGCAUCAGCCGGACAGGCUCCUGAGGACCCUUCAUGGCCUGGCACAGGCCCUUCAGGGACUUGCGAGGCUCCGGUAGCUGUUGUGACAGUCACCCCAGCCCCGGAGCCUGUCGAAAACUCUCAAGACCUGGGCUCCACGUCCAGCUUGGGACCGGGCAUUUCUGGGCCUCGCGGGCAGGCCCCGGACACUCUGAGCUACUUGGACUCCGUGAGCCUCAUGUCUGGGACCUUGGAGUCCUUGGCGGAUGAUGUGAGCUCCAUGGGCUCAGACUCAGAGAUAAAUGGGCUGGCCCUGCGCAAGACCGACAAGUAUGGCUUCCUUGGGGGCAGCCAGUACUCAGGCAGCCUAGAGAGCUCCAUUCCUGUGGAUGUGGCUCGGCAGCGGGAGCUCAAAUGGCUGGAGAUGUUCAGUAACUGGGAUAAGUGGCUGUCUCGGCGUUUCCAGAAGGUGAAGCUGCGCUGCCGGAAGGGAAUACCUUCCUCCCUCAGAGCGAAGGCCUGGCAGUACCUGUCUAAUAGCAAGGAACUCCUGGAGCAGAACCCGGGCAAGUUUGAGGAGCUGGAACGGGCUCCUGGGGACCCCAAGUGGCUGGAUGUGAUUGAGAAGGAUCUGCACCGCCAGUUCCCUUUCCACGAGAUGUUUGCUGCUCGAGGGGGGCAUGGGCAACAGGACCUGUAUCGAAUCCUGAAGGCCUACACCAUCUACCGGCCUGACGAGGGCUACUGUCAGGCCCAGGCCCCAGUGGCCGCAGUGCUGCUCAUGCACAUGCCUGCUGAGCAAGCCUUUUGGUGCCUGGUACAGAUCUGCGACAAGUACCUCCCAGGUUACUACAGUGCAGGGCUGGAGGCCAUUCAGCUGGAUGGAGAAAUCUUUUUUGCGCUCUUGCGCCGGGCCUCCCCACUGGCACAUCGGCACCUGAGGCGGCAGCGCAUUGACCCUGUGCUCUACAUGACAGAAUGGUUCAUGUGCAUCUUUGCCCGCACCCUUCCCUGGGCUUCAGUGCUGCGUGUCUGGGACAUGUUUUUCUGUGAAGGAGUUAAGAUCAUCUUCCGGGUGGCCCUGGUGCUGCUGCGACAUACGCUUGGCUCAGUUGAGAAGCUGCGCUCCUGCCAAGGCAUGUAUGAGACCAUGGAGCAGCUGCGCAACCUGCCCCAACAGUGCAUGCAGGAGGAUUUCCUGGUGCAUGAGGUGACCAAUCUCCCAGUGACAGAAGCACUGAUUGAGCGGGAAAAUGCAGCCCAGCUCAAGAAGUGGCAGGAAACUAGGGGGGAGCUGCAGUAUCGGCCCUCACGGCGACUACAUGGCUCCCGGGCCAUUCAUGAGGAGCGGCGGAGGCAGCAGCCACCUCUGGGCCCCUCCUCCAGCCUCCUCAGCCUCCCUGGCCUCAAGAGCCGAGGCUCCCGGGCAGCUGGAGGGGCCCCCUCCCCACCCCUUCUGGCCCGCAGGGCCAGUGCUGGGCCUGCCCCAGGGCCUGUAGUCACUGCUGAGGGACUGCACCCAUCCCUUCCCUCGCCUACUGGAAACAGCACCCCCUUGGCUCCCAGCAAGGAAGCCCGGAGGCAGGAGAAGGAAAGGCAGAAACAGGAAAAGGAACGUGAGAAAGAGCGGCAGAAACAGGAAAAGGAACGGGAGAAGGAGCGGCUGAAACAGGAGAAAGAGCGAGAGAAGCAGGAGAAGGAGCGGGAGAAGCAGGAGAAAGAACAACAGAAGCAGGAGAAGGAGCGGCAGAAGCAGGAGAAGAAGGCUCAAGGCCGGAAGCUUUCACUGCGUCGAAAGGCAGAUGGGCCUCCAGGCCCGCAUGAUGGUGGGGACAGUUCCUCGGCAGCUGAGGCCCGACAGGACGCUUAUUUCUGACCUCUGCCCUGGGGCUGGACUGCAUGGCCCUCCUCUUUUUCCCUUAGUCAAGAGCAGGCCUGGCUUGGGGUGCUGUCCCUAGCUCUCCUUGGCAGGCUGUCCCUCCUUUUGAGGAAAGUGGCUGUCUCCAUCUCCUUGCCAGCUGCUGAUGCCUUCACAGCCAGGCCAGCCAGUGUGCAAGGCAGCUGUGAAUGAGUCUGGAGCCUCUCACUUCCAAUUAGGCCCAGCUGGGGUCUCUGUCACUCCUCCAGUUUCCUCUGGGGUCCCCUCCCAGGUGCUGUCCUGGUUGGUCUCUAGUCACCACAGGGGUGACUCUUGGCGACAGGAGUCAGCAGUUCUCAGAUUCCUAUGCUCCAACAGCUCCCUUACCUGUGAGAUGGAGCUGGGUUCCUUUUCUCUUCUUCAGCCUUCCCCGACUUCUGGCUGGAGCCUAAGGCUCUCCUCGCUCUACUUCUGGACAUCUCUGUGUUGUAAUUAUGUACAGAGGACCGGGUUGGCCCGGGAUGGGGGUGCUCGCUCUGUCUUCUGUCCUUUGGUUCUCCUUCCAUAAUGCUCCUGUGCUCUGGUUUAUUUAAGGGGACAUGCAUUUGAAUAGGAAAUGUCCCCCACUUCCCUUCCCACUGUCCUCCCUUUGUCCUUCAUCCUCACCCACCUUGCUCUGUAUUCUCAGGCUUCUCCUGCCUUGUCUCACCGGGAUCCCCACCUUUCACUUUGUUCUCUUCCAACCCUCCAGCCCCCAUCUGAGUAAGGGGUCUUCCCUUGAGCUCCAGGGGGUGGAACCCAAUGUUUACAUUCUCUUCUGUCUCUUGUCCUACUCCAUGUGGCGCUUUGAGGAAUUGGAAAAGAACCUACUGUUGUACC